UGACGCACUGCGAUGACGUCACCGGUCGGCGCGCGUUGCCAAUUGAUGAGUGAAAAAUCGAAGUCGAGAAGGUGAUCAUGUCCUCUGAAGAACUGUUGUCUGUAGAUUAUGAGUCAGAGGGGAAGAAGCUGGGUCUGGUGGGAUGGGUGCAGAACACUGAUGCUGGGACGGUUCAUGGGCAGCUCCAGGGUCCCGUCUCUAAAGUCCAACAGAUGCAGCAGUGGCUUCAAACCACCGGCAGCCCGCAGUCACGAAUUGCCAAAGCCGAGUACAAGAACGAGCGCACUGUUGACAAACUGGAUUUUAAGGAUUUCAAUGUAGUUCGUUAAUGAAAAUAACCAAUCAGUUAUUAUUUAUUGCAAUAGAUAUAUGUAUUAUUAUAUUGCUUUCCAACUUAUCUGUUACUGAAAUAAUUAUCAUUGGACGCCGCCUAGCAAAACUUGACCAAAUGUAGAUAUGUGAAUACAGACUUUUGUUUUACAUGCAAUAAUUAUUCAGUUUAAUAAUUGAAAGAACAAAUAUGUUUGGAAGUUCAAAAUAACAUAUAAAAAAUCCACUAAGCUGAAAUAUUUGUGGUGGUACGUGCCCCCUCAGUUUGAAUGGGCACGACUCCUCUGUUAGCCAGUUAGAUAAUGUUACUAUGGUGACAUUUAAAUAGUAAGAACUGAGCAAUUUUUAAUACAUAAAUGAAAACCAAUUGUUUUAAUUUAAAAGGCCUAAAUAUAUAUGUGCAUGAUUAAUGGACAACACAAGUCCUAUAAUUUCUUAAGCUCAACUGCUUU